AGGCUUGAGCUCAUCAUGUGUCACCACUUGUGGCUUCGUUCGCCUUGCUAUCGAAAGCCCACAGUAAAACGAUAGGACAUGGACAGGAAAAUAGAUUGUGAAACGGAGCCGGUGUUGAUAGUAGUCAGCACAGGAAAUGAACGAGGUGGAGCCCAGCAGCCGCAGACUUUAGCAAUCGAUCCCAAGUACCUGCCACAAGGUGGGCUCAAACGGGCGUUCGUGGUCGCACAGGCGAAAGAGCGCCCAGUACGGCAAAGGCUGGUUUCAGGUGACGGGUAGUUGUGGUGUUCGUUGCCCUGGCUCUCGCGGAAGCUAGGAUACAAAACAAUAGAGUGUGAAGUGGUGAGUUCGCGGCGCAGAGCAUGACAGAAGAAUCGAUAUAUCGAAGGACGACUCAGUCGAGCCUGUCGGUACAUGGCGUUGCUGGCAGCGAGUUGGUCGAAUUCCGGCAGAAGUCACAGGUGCCGCUUCGGCGAGGCAUGGGUUGGCUGCAGGUCGAUAUCGCCAUGCCAGCCGGGAGGAGAAGCGUGGGCUGUCGCCCCGCGUGCUCUGUCCUGCGGCCACUUGCAGCCGGUGCACGAAUUGCGCGGCGGCUGAAGGACGCAGGUCAAUUAAAGAUUAGAUGGAGGUGCAGUGUCGGUCGCGGAUGGCAAGCAGCCGUCGCGGCAAGCAGCGGAGGGUGCCAGGUGGGAGCACGAGGAAGCGUGGCGCCUUCCCGAAAUGAAAUGAGGCAGGGGCGACCGGCGUCGCGAUGGGCGCUGGUGCUGGCUGGCAGCACCCACGGGGCGUGCGGUCCCAACUCGCACGGCUCUGCGCGACAGGAGACGCACCACAGCAGUGCUGGCGGCAUCCUGGCAGCGAGCAGGCCGUGGCGCGCGCAGCGUGCGGCAGAGGCAAUGCUGAGAAUUGCGGCCAGCGAGGAUCGAUAUUGGCUCGGCGAUGGGACCCUUGCAGUGCUGUUUGGAGCACAGACAGCCCACAGCCUGCUCCCGCGAAACACGCUGGCGGCGCACACUGCGACCAGUCGCCAUCUCUUUGUUGUGCCCGCAGCCUUGACUCCCGCCCAAGCGCCGCAGCUCUAUUUUUGCGCUAUCGAAAAGCGGCGCCCCGAAUUUCCCGUUCAGCGAGCGUGGCCCGGCCUAGGGCGCCCGUUUGGCACGACUCCGCAAGGCACGGCUGCUAGCGACUCGCUGUUCUGGCGGCCCCCCUGCUCAAGCUCAUUUGGCGAAACUCUGUCCGCGAGGCCUGGGCGCGCUGCUCGCCGUUGUGCUAGGCUCUCACGCUCCUCUCCCUUCCUUACCACCGCCUUGCCGACCCACCACCUCUCCUCACCUCUCGACAAUCCUCGACCGGACCGCAUAACAGCACUUGUCGCCGUGCUGUGUGCUCGUCUUCCGCCGUCGCAGCCCCCCUCCCCCCUCGACAUCGCCUCGCCCUCUCCUUACGAACCGCUCCCCACGACCGCCCUCGGGCUCACACUCUCUUCGAAGCGCUGCAAUUCCGUUUCUUCGUGCUCUCGCCCUCCAGUCCUCCGCCGCUCAUUCAUCGCAAACUGUGCCCUGCCAGCCCCAUAUCGGACGCAUCGCAUAGGCUCGCAACCCGUCAAUCAGGAACAACCCGCGAAUCGACCCCUUCAUUGUGCGCGACGAUACCCAGACCAAGCCACCUCCACCUACGGAAUAACUCACUGUGUAGAGGCCUUUGUUCCGGCUCCAUUGCGCAUUGACAGCCCGACGUGUGUCAGCCCCUUGUUGCGAUCACACUGUAGUAGACCACUGCCGUUGCACUGGCAGUAG